AUGGCCGAUUCAGCCGAGGGUAGCUCUGACCCUCAAGUCACCUUCAAGGUGAAGACUUCAGGCGACUCUCAGCAUACCAUUACCAUGGCCGAGACGGCUACCGUGUCCGACCUGAAGACAAAGCUUGCCGGCGAAGAGUUCGAGAACAUUCCCAUUGAACGACAGCGCUUAAUCUAUUCCGGCCGCGUCAUGAAGAACGACGAGCCCUUGAGUACCUACAAGAUCAAGAAUGGCAAUACUGUCCACUUAGUCAAGAGCGCCGCCAGCAACCCUACUCCCGCCCCAGCCAACGCCCCGUCUACCCCCGCCGCACCUCAGAUCCCUACCAACAUGGCCGCCGGUACGGCGAACAACCCUCUAGCAGGUUUGACCGGCGCAAGAUAUGCUGGCUUGACCGGCCUACCGUCGGCAGAUAUGUUCGGUCCCGAUGGUGGUAUGGUCGGUUCCAUGAUGGACGAGGACCAGUUAGCCAACAUGCUGAGCAACCCCCACGUUGCGCAACAGAUGAACGAAAUGAUGAACAACGACGCUUUUAUCGAAAUGAUGAUCCAAUCGAACCCCAUGUUGCGCAACAACCCGAACGCUCGCGAGAUUGUGCGAUCGCCACUCUUCCGUCACAUGAUGACAAGCCCCGAGGCUUUACGAGGCGCUGCACGCUUGCAGCGAGCUUUAGGCGGUCGCCAGGCUGCCCAGAACGCCUUCCCUAUGCCUGGCGUCACCGACAACACCCCUAAUCCGUCUUCGAACAAUGGUACUUCGGGAAACAGUGGCGCCGGCAACAACGCUAACGGGGGCAGUAACCAGACUGCUAGUGGCCAGACCAACUUGUUCGAUCCGGCGCUUUGGGGUGGUAUCCAGGCUCCUGGCGGUGCUGGCGCCGGUACUGGCGCCGCCGCUGGUGCUAAUCCGUUCAGCACUCUUUUCAACCCAUUCGCAGCGCCCCCUACAGAACGCCAAGGAACGACUGGUACUGAUGCGACCCAAGCAACAAGCGGCGCGCAAACUGGAAGUAGUACCACGAAUGCUGGUCAGGGUCAGAGUCAGGGCCAAGCAGCUGGCGCCCAGAACGCGUCGAGUCUUCCUCCUAACCCUUUUGCUGGCUUGUUCGGUUCCGCGGGUGUAUUUUCGCCCCCUGCUGGAGGUGCAGCACCAGAGGCUGGAGCCGGAGCCGGAGCCGGAGCCGGAGCUGGAACCAACCCCUUCAGCCAGAUGCCUCCUGUGCAGCCCGAGAUGUUGCAGCAGAUGAUUCAGAUGUUGGGAAUGGGAUCGCCUUCCGGUUCCCCUGCCCCGGCCGACACCCGACCCCCGGAGGAGCGCUAUGCAGAACAGCUCCGGCAACUCAACGAGAUGGGUUUCUACGAUUUUGAUCGGAAUGUUGCCGCCCUACGACGAAGUGGUGGGGACGUUCAAGGCGCCGUCGAGCACCUCUUGAACCCUUAA